AUUUAUCAGUCUGUUAUGACGAUCCACGGCGAGUCCACGGCAAACAUUUGGAAGUAGCUCUUUUCUAUGUCUGGCGAGCCUGUAUUUAUCUUUGAGGUCUGGAUGUUUUGUUCUACACAUGUUUUUUUGCUUUUGGCAAAACCAUGACUACUCUGCACCCGCUCGCGGACCUUGCCAGAUCGGGCGAUGCGGAGGCCCUGCGCGGAUUGCUCGCGUACUACCGGGAGCAGGAGAAACGAAACCACGUCAAGAUUACCUGCUCCGAUUUUCGGGACGGCGAGCUUUUGGUCGUUAACUACACCGACAGCUACAACGAGUCCACCCCGCCGGAAAACUGGGACUGGCGCAUGGGUACGCAUUACAAAGCGAUUGACAUUAUGGUGGGCCGCUUGUUGUGAGUAGGACUAAGAGUAAGUAAGUACAUAGUUUUUUCUACCAUGGAAAAUUUGUCAUUGUUUUUUGUUUUUCCAUUCUAAAACCUGACGCAGCCCGUAGUUGAAGAAUACUGUACUGAUAUGCAUAUUCCACGACUAUAUUUAUCAACGCUUUUGCUUCUGCAUACUGCAAGUGGCGCGGGGGUGCGUGCUGUUCAAGAAAUCCGGUUGUCCCCCAGAAAUCGUGGUGAAACCGAUGGUCAAGUUCCACGGGUACGAACACUGUGCGGAGGCGAAGCGGUACAUUUUUGAGUCGGCGGUUGCACACACCGAUGGGAGCGACGCUUUCAAACCCGAUUCCAGGAAACCACCAACCCAAGAACCCGAUGCAUCGAGUGGUUCUCCUGACUCUCCCCGAGGACAGCAACUGCCGGUGACCUGUAUGCAAAAGUUUGACGGUAGCUGUGUCCUCGUCACGGUCUUCCGCGGGGAGCUGCUUCUAUUCACCCGUGGGGCGAUCCGGACGUUGCAGACGCAGCUGGCGAGGGAGUUGCUGUCGGAAGAGACGGCUCUAAUCCUUUCCGAACAAAUGGAGGCCUGGACCCUUGGUUUCGAGUUGAUUCACGACAAGGAUGCCAAGGUGGAAAACAACCGCGGGGAAAACAGGCUCGUCUUGCUCUACGCCUGCGACGCUAGUACCGGCGAAGUUAUAUCCUCCACGAAUUUGGAAGCGGUCGCACGAAAAAUAAAGCUUACCGCGCCCAGCACCCACGCGCCCUGUGAGGUGUGCACGGUGGCGGAAUUGCGCGAGAAGCUGGCGGUGCUGGACCGCUGCGGGACCCUGGCGGACCUGCGGGAGGGGUUCGUGGUCGAGAUGGCAGUGCCGCUUCUAAAAAAGUACAAGGUGAAGAGCGCGGUGUACAAGAAAUUGGCGCGCAGCGGCGUGCCGCAGCCGACAAAGCAGUGGCUCGACCACGUAAUUGCCGGGGCCAAAUCUUGGGCCGGUGUGGAGGAGGCGGUGGUGAAAAUGCGGAAUUGUGGCGUGUUGGAUUACGGUGCAGUCGCGGAGCGUCUGUUGCAGGAGCGCGUGGAACUCGCAGACAAGGAAUUGGAGUUUUUGCGGGAUACAGUUGCGCCCAAUUUCUCUUCCCCGAAGGAAGUCGGAUUGAUGGCACAGGACGCGAUGAACAAAGGCACCAAGACGAUUCUUUUCGCGUGGCUCGCGGCAAAAAAGAAAAGCGGGAGUGGUAGCUCCAACCAGAAUUCUACUGCAUCUGCUGUUGAGCAGACUGAUGAAGAAAAGAUCAGAGUUACUUGGUUUGCUUCCCCCGAGGCGCGGCUGUUAGCGGCAAAGGAAAUUAUCGUGGGCGGUAGUUUUAUAGCAGCAGCCACGAGCUCAAGUUCUAGCAAGGCUGGUACUACUAGAGUUAUCGAAGAACAUCAACCUUCUGCGUCUAAAAAACCGACGAGCAGACCCGGUUCUUGUUUCCCAGUCCGCAAAGGCAGGCUGGUGCUAUGUGGGGCGCCCGGAAUGAAAACUUUGGAGAGUUGGGCCAAGGGACUGGAUUUCGUCGUGACGCUACUUCGGGACGACGAGUUGCAGCAACGGGGGUUGAGCUUCGCGGCGGUGGCAAACACCGUGUGUGCCGAUGGAGACGAAUGGAGUGCUGAUCAAAGAAAUCACGAUGAGUCUUCAGAAAUUCUGUCUCUUGGCCACUGUAUUUCAACAAGAUUUCUACGUGGCCGACGACCCUGUUCCUCUCCAAAAGAGGUUCAGGCCGAGCCUCCUGCAUUGAUUGCUGAUGCACCUGAAGAGGUCGACUCCACGUCAACACCGAAAGUUCCUUUCGAAAAUGAAGACCUCGCAGUCCUCCCGAAUAGAAGAAGACCAGAGUGGGUACAUCUCCCCAUCUCAGGCGCAGCAAUGCAGGAUGCGGAGAAAGAUCGAACCGCGGUGACACGGGCCGCGGCCUUGGUGGCCGCGAGCUUGCUGCGCGGAAAAACAGUAGCGGUUCAUUGCUCUGCCGGCUUGCACCGGACCGGCAUAGUCGGGUACACGGCCCUGCGCAUACUCGGCUUUUCCCAGCCGAUGGCUUUCGAGCUGCUGGGACAGGGUAGACAGGGGAAAUCCACCAAUUUGUUUUUCACGUCAGUCCUUGUUCAGAAGUAUAAAAAAAUAUCUUCACAGAAGUCACGACCGCUCUGUCGUGUUGCUGGAUCAUCGAAAGGGCUCCUUUACAUUCAGAGACAAUGGAAAAAAAGUUGUUUUAAAUUUGGACAUAUUAGAAGAAGAACUGCAGCAAAGAUUUCGGUCUCUGUCAUUUACACAGCUCAGCAUAAACUAGAAAAAAGCGAAAAACAAAAAGUGGAUUUCCCACCGGGAUACAGAUGCGCUGGGAAACUCGGCGAGAACUGGAAAAGAUUUUUUUCUGCGGGGAAACCGGCGCAGGCCAGGGUUCGACGGAAAAGCCCGCAAACUUGAUAGAGGUCGCCGAGGGGAUCCUGUCCGAAGUGGCAUCGGAGGAGCUGCGCGCGAUGAUGGAGCAGCAUAAGUUGUAACUUUUGGGCCAAACGGCAACAGCUAAAACCGAAGGCACGAGUGCAGUGAGUCUCCAGACGGUGAAUCGUUGUCACUAGAAAGCGCAACUAAGCGCCGGCUUGGGCGCAAGACCGAAAAAGAUGAAGGGGCCAGAUGCGCGAGUUUCAAAUCUUGAUCUUCAGACAUCCGGUCAUCAGCAAAGGACCAUGUGGACAAUUGACAAAGAGUAAAUAUAAAUGGCGCGGCCAGCUAAUGCCCUUGAAGUAUUUUUGAAGUUGAGAAGUCUGAUUUCCUACGUGGAUAAUGAACAUGAAGCUGUAAGUACUUCAGUUUCAACAU